AUGCUAGGUGGCUGUUUUGUGGAAGGUGAAUGGUUAAGAAAUGCAUUUCGUUGGAAAGAAACUAUUGGACCGUGGGAACAGAGGCCUGGACAUUUUGGUGAUGUUUGGAUGUACUGGACUGAUGAUGGACUUGGCUAUUUUGAGUUUCUCCAGCUGGCAGAGGACUUGGGUGCAUUGCCAAUUUGGGUCUUCAACAAUGGAAUCAGCCAUACUGAUGAAGUCGAUACUUCCAGCAUUUUACCUUUUGUUCAAGAAGCCCUAGAUGGUAUUGAGUUUGCUAUAGGUGAUCCUGAUUCAACAUGGGGUUCAGUUCGAGCUGCAAUGGGACACCCAGAACCUUUUGACUUGAGAUAUGUCGCUAUUGGGAAUGAGGAUUGUGGAAAGAAAAAUUACCGUGGAAAUUACCUCAAGUUCUAUGACGCCAUAAAACGUGCCUAUCCGGAUAUGAAAGUGAUCUCAAACUGUGAUGGGUCUAAUCAUCAAUUGGAUCACCCAACUGAUUUAUAUGAUUAUCAUGUCUAUAAAGAAGCAAAUGCUGUGUUUUCUAUGGCUCACAAUUUCGAUCAUGUGUCACGUAAGGGUCCAAAGGCUUUUGUGAGUGAGUAUGCGGUGACUGGAAAAGAUGCUGGCGGAGGUAGUCUUUUGGCGGCUCUGGCUGAAGCUGGAUUCCUUAUUGGACUAGAAAGGAACAGUGAUGUUGUUAAAAUGGCAAGCUAUGCACCUCUAUUUGUGAAUGCAAAUGACAAGCGGUGGAACCCGGAUGCAAUUGUUUUCAACUCCUCGCAGCUGUAUGGAACUCCUAGUUACUGGAUGCAAUGCUUUUUCGUACAGUCAAAUGGCGCAACUCUUUUAAAUACUACACUUCAAGCCAACUCUUCGAGCUCACUUAUUGCUUCUGCUAUUACCUGGCAAAAUUCGGAGGAUGAGAAGAAUUACUUGAGAAUUAAGGUUGUGAACUUUGGGAGCAACACUGCGAACCUAAAGAUUUCUAUUGAUGGAUUGGAGCUGAACUCAAUACAAUCAUAUGGAUCAACAAAAACUGUACUCACAUCAAGCAAUGUGAUGGAUGAGAAUUCUUUCAAUGAGCCAAACAAGGUGGCGCCAUUUAAAAGUCUAUUGGAGGAUGCAGGCAAGGACAUGGAUGUCACACUUCUCGCGCAUUCUUUCACUUCGUUUGAUUUAUUAAGAGAAUCAAGCGUUCUCCAAAUUGCAGGAUCUGGUUCUGUCCGUAAAUCUCCAAUCUAA